UGCUUGUACAACAAUGGCAGAUUCGGACCUAGCAAUGAAGAGCAUCCCCAAUUUCAGGGACGUUGGCUCGUUCAUCAACGAAACCACCGGCGAACGCUUGUUAAAGACUGGUUUGUUGUUUCGGGGUGCUCGCCCGGACGAGGCUUCACCCCAGGAUAAGCAGAGGCUUGUCAAUGAUUAUGCCAUAAAAACCAUAAUCGACCUCCGCACAGACACUGAGCACGCUGAGCAAGCGCAGAAACGCGCUGCUAGAGAGAACGCUUCCGCUUCCCCCUCCAAAAGCGAGAUGAAGGUCUUGGGAAUUGAAUACCUUGAGAUCAACUUCAACGGCCAGGCGUUUAAACGCAUGCUUAUUCGCCAAUUGCCCUGGUCGCGCUUCGUUCGACUAGCUAGCCUUCACAUGUUUGGUUACCGCUUGGAGGCCAUAAAAGUUAUCGCACCGAUCAUGGAAGCUCAAGGUCUCGUCGGCCUCGCGCUCAAUUCCCUUGACGUCUGCACUGCCGAAGUCAAGCAAGUCUUCGACGUCUUAUCUGACUCCCAGCAAUACCCGCUCAUGGUCCAUUGCACUCAAGGCAAAGACCGCACCGGCCUUAUCAUCAUUCUAGUUCUGCUCCUACUACGAGAUAUCAGCAUCCGCGCAAUCACAAUAGACUACCUACUCUCUGAGCGCGAGCUCGAGCCAGAGAAGGGCGAACGUAUCAAGGAGAUUGCUAGCAUUGGACUCUCAGCACACUUCACCACCUGCCCGCCAAACCUAGUCGCUGAAGUCGAUGAACAUCUCUCGAAGAACUACGGCAGCGUGGAGGGAUACCUCGACCAUGCCGGCGUAUUGAAAGAGCAGCGGGAUCGAAUUAUGAACAUCCUUGUGUCAAGGCAAAAACCACGGUUUUUCUAGAUAUUCACAACAUUUGCAUUGGGCGAUGACAUAAAAAGGAAUAUGGAGCUUAGUAUAGAUUUUUGAAGCUAAUGCCACGGGUAGAGUACUGAAUUUCACCACCGAGUCUCAGUGGAUGAGAGCAUUCAGAGGGAAUACCUGUAGAGCUCUGCACGAAUUCCAGCAAGC